UGCGGUGCCUUCAGAUCAUCAGGCAGCUCGUCCCAUGAGCGGCACUGAAUCCUGAAAAUAAACACAAACGGGCCGAAAAAUCUGAUUCCAACCCGCUAAAGUUGAACUAUUUGGAUGGUAUGAGUUAAGGUUCAGCUCCAGUGAAGCAGACUUUUCAGUAACAUUAAGUUAUAGUGACAGUUCAGUUAGCUUUGCUAGCAGCGUUAGCCAGCUAGCCAGCCCUUUGCCUGGCGUCAUUUCCUACUUUUGAAAAUCGCGGCCAGAGAGUAACGAAGCAGAGAUGGAGCUACAAGUGGGAAAUGAACCGAUGACCCUGGGCUCUCCCACCUCUCCUAAGGCGACCUCUGGAGCUCAGUUUCUGCCUGGCUUCUUGAUGGGUGACCUGCCAGCUCCAGCUACCCCCCAGCCCCGCCCCUUCAGCCUGGCCAUGCCCAUCGUGGAGAGCACAGGUACGCACCGAGGAGGAGGAGGGGGCUCGGCCCCUCAGCCCGUUGUCCCCACACCCAAGGAUAAAAGUGGAGCCCCACCUAUCCGCAGUAUCCAUGAAGACUUAAUGACUGUAGGGACGCCCCUUAAUGCACACAGGCAGUCCUUUCCAGUUAUGCAGUCUCCUCUGUCUGCACGUCAGGCUGCAACUCCAGGAACAGGUGUGCAGCAGGUGUGUCUGUCUCCAGCUCAGGUGGAUCCCUUCUACAGUCAGGGAGAGUCUUUGUCAUCUGACGAUCAGCUGGACCAGACCUGGGUCACUGUGUUUGGUUUCCCUCCAGCUUCGGCCUCAUACAUCCUGCUGCAGUUCGCUCAGUACGGGAACAUCCUCAAACACAUGAUGGCGUCGCCUGGUAACUGGAUGCACCUUCAGUAUCAGUCCAGGCUUCAGGCCAGGAAAGCUCUGUCUAAGGAUGGGAAAGUGUUUGGGGACGCCAUCAUGGUGGGAGUGAAGCCGUGUAUAGACAAGAGCGUGAUGGACAGCAGUGAAGCCGUCUCCUCUCCCCUCGCCUCCUCCUUCUCCUCCUCCGCCCUCCCCUCCACUCCUCGCUCGGCCAUCAGACCGCUCAGCGCCGCCUACAGGAGCUCCAGCAACGACUACCAGGUGGUAGCAGACAGACAGACGCCCAGGAAGGAUGACAGCUUUGUUUCCAAAGCGAUGGAGUACAUGUUUGGUUGGUGACAUCACACAGUGCAUCAUGGGAUACCUGCAGCCCCGGACGAGAGAGGAGAACCGAUGGAUAAACUGAUUCACUACACUGUGUAUGUGAUUGUGUGGAUGAGUGUGUGUGUGAGUGAGUGUGUGCGCUGAGGUGAAGAAUCUUUCUUUCUUUCUCUCUCUCUUUUAUAAUCUGUAUUUUUUUUACUGUCUCUGUUUCAAUAAAGUUGUCAAUGGUU